AUGCAUCGAUUUUUGAGGAUUUCUUAUGCAGAGCUUCUCAAAGCCACCAAUGGAUUCUCAGAGGCUAAUCUAAUUGGUGUUGGGAGCUAUGCUUCAGUUUACAAAGGGAUUCUUGAUAACGUUCAGAUGGUUGUCGCAGUGAAAGUUCUCAAUCUUCAGACUAGAGGAGGUUCUAAGAGCUUCAUGUCAGAAUGCAAGGCACUAAGAGCCAUAAGGCACCGAAAUCUAAUGAAAAUUUUGAGCGUUUGUUCCAGUGUGGAUUUCCAUGGUAAUGAAUUCAAAGCUUUGGUAUAUGAAUUUAUGGCUAAUGGAAACUUGGGCAACUGGUUGCAUCAAGUUGACGUGGGAGACCAUGAGCAGCUCAAAGAACCUAGAAAUCUUAAACUAAUCCAGAGGCUGGACAUUUCCAUUGAUGUUGCCUCUGCACUUAAGUAUCUUCAUUGUGGUUGUGAGUCGACAAUUAUUCAUGUUGAUCUAAAGCCAAGUAAUAUUCUUUUGGAUGAUGAGAUGACAGCCCAUAUUGGAGAUUUUGGGUUAGCAAAAAUUAUUUCUACCGUUUCAAGUGAUGUGGCACAGGGUCAAAGCAAUUCAGUUACGAUAAGGGGAACCAUAGGCUAUGUUGCUCCAGAGUAUGGCAUGGGGGACAUGGCUUCCACACUAGGGGAUGUAUAUAGCUUUGGGAUUCUUUUACUGGAAAUGUUUACAGGUUUGAGACCAACUGAUGAUAUGUUUAAGAAUCAUCUAAAUCUUCAUAACUUCGUUAAGAAUGCAUUGCCUGAUCGAGUGAUGGAGAUUGUGCAUCCAUGUAUCCUAUUGGAGCACAACACAAGAAGGUGGAUUAAAGACUGCAUGGUUUCCGUUCUACGAAUUGGGGUUGCAUGUUCAAUGGAAUCGCCAACAGAUCGAAUGGAAAUGGGGAGUGUUAUUAGUGAAUUGCAUAAGAUCAAAAAUAUUUACACGAAUGAAGGGUUGAACCAAAACUAGGAAGUUGGAAGAGGUUUUUAACAUGAAAACCAAAGGUGUGUGGCAUACCCUCUCGACCGAUGCAUAUGCAUACCGAAAUAGAGAAUGCUAUACUCAAAAUAUAUUUUUUAUUCGAAUUUCUUAUCACUAAAUACAAAGACAUGAAUUCCACCUAUAGUUAUUAAUAUGGAUCUUACUAAAUUUGUGACUAGUGGUAAGAAAGUCUGAUAAGAAACUCGUUUACAUAUAACAUUACUCUACCAAAAUACAUCGUUCUUCUUUUGAAGCAUCUCAAUUUCAUUUUCUCAUUUUCUUUUCUUUAUAUUUUUUAUUGUAAUCUAUUCAUGU